GAACAGUUUUAUUUAAGGUCCAGAAAUGAAGAGAAAUAGCCUGUCAUCCUUUUAUGUCUCUCUCUGGUUGCUGUUCACAGCCACGAUGCUUCAAGCUGUCGAAUCAGCCAAAGGGAAAUAUGCUCAGAUGCUGUUCAGUGAACUGUUUGAAGACUAUUCAAAUGCUCUAAGACCAGUGGAAGACACAGAUAAAGUGCUGAAUGUUACCCUUCAGAUAACAUUGUCCCAAAUUAAAGACAUGGAUGAAAGGAACCAAGUUUUGACAGCUUACUUAUGGAUUCGACAAAGCUGGUAUGAUGCAUACCUUAAAUGGGAUAAGGAUAAAUAUGAUGGAUUGGAUUCUAUCAGAAUUCCAAGCAAUUUGGUCUGGAGACCAGAUAUUGUCCUAUAUAACAAGGCUGAUGAUGACUUUUCAGAACCUGUGAAUACUAAUGUUGUGUUGAGAUAUGAUGGAAAAAUCACUUGGGACGCACCUGCUAUCACAAAAAGCUCAUGCGUAGUGGAUGUAUCUUAUUUUCCUUUUGACAGCCAGCAGUGCAACCUUACAUUUGGUUCCUGGACGUAUAAUGGUAAUCAGGUAGACAUCAUCAAUUCUCUUGAUAGUGGUGACCUUUCUGACUUUGUAGAAGACGUGGAAUGGGAGAUUCAUGGUAUGCCGGCAGUUAAGAAUGUAAUCACUUACGGCUGCUGCUCUGAGCCUUAUCCAGACGUAACAUUCACAUUGAUUUUGAAAAGGAAGUCAUCUUUCUACAUAUUUAAUCUUCUGCUUCCUUGCAUUUUGAUCUCUUUCCUCGCUCCACUGGGAUUCUAUCUCCCUGCAGACUCUGGAGAAAAGGUGUCUCUAGGUGUUACGGUUCUUCUUGCUCUGACUGUGUUCCAGCUGAUGGUUGCAGAGAUUAUGCCUCCCUCUGAAAACGUACCUUUGAUAGGCAAGUAUUACAUAGCAACUAUGACAAUGAUCACAGCCUCCACUGCGCUGACAAUCAUUAUAAUGAACAUCCAUCACUGUGGCUCAGAAGCAAAGCCUGUUCCACAGUGGGCCAGAGUGGUAAUCUUGGACUAUAUGUCAAAAAUUUUUUUUGUUUAUGAUGUAGGUGAAAAUUGUACCAGUCCGCAAAGAGAGAAGGAACAAGAACACAAGUUAGAGGGCGGAGACAUGUGUCUGGGGGGAGACAGAGAAAGAAAGAGUCACCUUUCCAAUAGAAAUGAUGACAGUGAUCUCAAGGAGACUCUGAAUGGAAAUUCAAAUAAAAGCUUUGGAGUCCCUGGUGAAAAUGUUAGGGAGAAUGUUAAUUGCUGUUCCUGUUACAAAAUGCUGAUUAAAAAUAUUGAGUAUAUUGCUAAUUGUGUUCGAGACCAUAAAGCAAACCGGGCCAAAGGAAUCGAGUGGAAAAAAGUAGCAAAGGUGAUGGACAGGUUUUUCAUGUGGAUUUUUUUUAUCAUGGUGUUUUUUAUGAGCGUGCUUAUCAUUGGGAAAGCAGCUUAGCUGCAGAUGAACAUGUUUUGUAGGUAUGAAUAUACUGAGUUAGCUCCUUUCUGUGGAGCUGUGGGGUAGGAGUGCUUUUGAGGUCUUUGUGUCUUCUGUUCUGUAACAAUGAACUAUUUCAGUAGGCUGCAAUGCAUGUUGAGAUGUUGCUCAACUGAGGGCCUUAUUAGUGACUUCAUUGCUUUUAGUAAGGGAGUGCAGCCCAGCUGGGGCUGCUGGUUAAGCAGUCUGUACUCCAUCUUGGUGAAUGGUGGCCAUGACUGCAGGCUGAUCAGGUGGAGCAUUGCAGUGAAGGAGCAGGCAUCCUAUCAGGGUGCACUGUAUUCAGAGGGCUGCAUCUCUGCACCUUGAAACUUAGCUGACCUUUUCUCUCUGCCAGAACGAAGUUGGGGUAUUUGCAAGAUCAUGACAGUUUCUGGAAUUUAUCCCUUCAUGUCAUUGCCUUGUUUUUUUUUACCCUUAUUUGGC